ACCGUUGGUUCUCAACCUCAAACCCGUCACAGAGCUAAUGGCCAGGGCUCUGCUCUCUCAACCUCUCAAUCUGCCGUCGCCUUAUCCACUCUCUUCCCUCCCCGCCUCCACCAAAUCGGACUGCUACUUCACCGCCGCCGCUACCAGAAUCAGACCAUCAACCACCGCCGCCAGAAUCACAGCCAGUGCCAAGGGCAAAGAUGAAACGGACGACGGCGACGCCGAUCGUUCCGGUUUCAACCCCUUUGGGUUCGUCACCGACAAUCCGUCGAGCCGGAGUGCAAUUCAACUUCCCGAGAGCCCCGCUGAGGAUGGCAAUGUCGGCCAAAUGCUCUAUAGAAUAGAAGAUAAAGGAMAGGAAUAUGGCUCUUACGUCAAAUCUGGGAAAUUCAGAUGGUUUGUUAGAGAGACUGGGUCUGCCAAAAGCCGGCGGGGAACUAUAGUCUUCCUUCACGGCGCUCCAACACAAUCUUAUAGCUAUCGAGUUGUUAUGUCUGAGAUGUCUGGUCUUGGAUUCCACUGCUUUGCUCCUGAUUGGAUAGGAUUCGGUUUCAGUGACAAGCCACAGCCAGGAUACGGAUUUAAUUAUACAGAGAAAGAGUACCAUGAGGAACUGGAUAAACUACUUGAUGUGCUCGGUGUCAACGCUCCCUUUAACUUAGUGAUUCAGGGUUUUUUGGUCGGAUCAUAUGGAUUGACAUGGGCCUUGAAAAAUCAAAGCAGAAUAUCAAAGAUAUCCAUUCUAAACAGUCCACUAACGGUUUCUUCUCCUGUUCCUGGGUUAUUUCAACAGCUAAGAAUCCCUCUGUUUGGUGAAUUCACAUGCCAGAAUGCAGUUAUGGCCGAACGUUUUAUUGAAGCAGGUAGCGCAUAUGUAUUGAAGCUGGAAAAGGCCGAUGUUUAUAGACUUCCAUACUUGUCUAGUGGAGGACCUGGUUUUGCUUUACUUGAAGCAUCAAGAAAAGCUAAUUUCAACGAUAUCUUAAGUCGGAUAAGUGCUGGCUUUGCUUCUGGAAGAUGGGACAAACCAAGUCUUGUUGUUUGGGGCAUUUCAGAUAAGUAUCUUCCCCAGUCCAUUGCAGAAGAGUUUCAAAAACAGAACUCAACAACAAUCAAGCUCAAGUUAAUUGAAGGGGCUGGCCAUAUGCCCCAAGAGGACUGGCCCGAGAAGGUAAUCAAAGCUCUGCGGUCAUUUUUCUGAAAUUCUACAGAGAAAUUAGCAUUGCCAUCUCCUCAAGAUUCCCGGUAACUUUAUUGUUCAUAAACAUAGUUAUUUUGUAUGAAUUUACAUUGAUAUUUCAUUCAACCUUACAUAAUAUCUCCAUUAAAAGACUUUGCAUAUUGAAUAUUGACACCUGGAAUACUCAGAAAAGUAGGGAUAUUAGGAGAAAAAUACAGCAUAGGGCGUUAAUUUCAAGGGAGUCUUAGCUCUUAGGUGCCUAAAUUAUUAGCUGGUACAAUGAAUUAAUUUUGUCUAAAUUAUUGAAUACUAUCCUGCAUGGCUACAACUACUAAUAUCCUUGAUUUUCUCAUGCA